UCAUGUUAACAUCCUUCAGCUCUCUCUCUCUGUCUCAAAAGAAAAAAAACAGAAGAAGAAUUCUAUUUCGAUCGAUCCGGAGUUCGUCUUUUUGAUAUAUGGAGUCUCUGCAGAGCAGAGUCGAAUCAUGGAUUAGAGAGCAGAGGAACAGGAUUAGGGUUUCAUGGCCGCAGCUGAAAUGGCCUUGGAAGAACGACAGAGAGCAGAGGAAGAAGCUCCAGGAGGAGUACGAGCGACGGCGGAAACAGCUUCAAGGUCUCUGCCACGCUGUGAAAGCCGAUUCCAUCUCCGACUUGCAGGACAUUCUCUGCGCCAUGGUCCUCUCCGAAUGCGUCUACAAGAGGCCUGCCACAGAGAUGGUUCGAGCAGCUAACAAGUUCAAGGCAGAUUUUGGUGGACAAGUUGUUUCUCUAGAGCGUGUGCAACCUUCGUUAGAUCAUGUUCCUCAUAGGUAUUUAUUAGCAGAAGCCGGGGAUACAUUAUUUGCUUCAUUCAUUGGAACAAAGCAGUACAAGGAUGUCAUCGCCGAUGCAAACAUUUUUCAAGGGGCCAUCUUUCAUGAGGACUUCAUUGAAGACAUUGAAGGGAAUGAAGGCAUUGAAGGCGAUCAAGUUCUUGGCCAAAACAAGAAGCGAGAAAAUCUUGGAAAGACACUUCAAUCCAAACCUGAUCAAGUGAAAAAUAAACCCAAACCUGCUGCUCAUCGGGGAUUCUUGGCUCGAGCUAAAGGGAUACCUGCAUUGGAGUUGUACAGGCUUGCACAGAAAAAGAACAGGAAGCUUGUCCUUUGUGGACACUCACUUGGGGGUGCGGUAGCAGCUUUGGCUACCCUUGCAAUUUUGAGGGUUAUUGCAUCUUCUUCUCCACGAAAAGAAAAUGAAAAUGUUCAGGUCAAGUGUAUCACAUUCUCCCAGCCACCUGUUGGAAAUGCUGCUCUGAGAGAUUAUGUCCAUAGAGAAGGAUGGCAACAUUAUUUCAAGACGUACUGCAUUCCGGAAGACUUGGUGCCCCGCAUCUUGUCUCCUGCUUAUUUUCAUCACUACAAUGCUCAACUUUUGCAAACUUCAGCUCGUGUGGGAAUUGUGGGUCCAUCUUUGGUGAAAGAUGAAGAAGGAUCUGAACAAUCAAGAAUGCUAAAACCUAAAGAAAAUGAUGAGGAACAGCUUGUACUGGGGUUGGGACCAGUUCAGAACUCUUUCUGGAGACUUUCCAGGCUUGUGCCAUUGGAGGGUGUUCGGAAGCAGUUGGAUAAAUUUAGAGGGAGAAGAAAUGUCCCAGGAGAAACAUCAUUGAUGGCUGAUUCUGGGCUGCCAACAGCACUUGAUGAAGUAGAAACUGAGCCGCAAUCUCUCGAAAUCCAAGAGGGUUCUGAUGGCAUAUCUCUUACUCCAUUAUCUGAUACAGAUAAUGGAUCAUGUGAUGACACAAAGGCCAGCAAUAUGGCAGGAAAAAGUGGCAGUAAAAACAGGGAUUCAAGACAAUGGCACAGAGUACCUUAUUUGCCUUCAUAUGUGCCAUUUGGACAGCUUUAUCUCGUGGGAAAUUCAUCAGUGGAAUCACUCUCUGACUCAGAAUAUUCAAAAUUGACAUCGGUGAGGUCUGUGCUUGCAGAAUUGAGGGAGCGAUUUCAGUCACACUCAAUGAAGUCUUAUAGGUCCCGCUUUCAGAAAAUCUAUGAGCUGUGCAUGUGUGUUCAUGCGUCUCCCUUCUUGGGAAUGGAGCAGUUGCCACAGUUUCCACAUUUACAGCAAUGGCUUGGCCUUUCAAUUGCUGGUACUGUAGAACUUGGUCAUAUUGUAGACCCCCCUGUCAUCAGAACAGCAACGUCCAUUGUUCCUCUUGCAUGGAGUGGCAUUCCUGGUGAGAAGAAUGUGGAGCCGUUGAAAGUUGAUAUCACUGGUUAUGGACUACAUUUGUGCACUCUCGUCCAGGCACAAGUAAAUGGUAACUGGUGCUCAACUAUAGUGGAAUCAUUACCACCAAAGCCUACUUAUUCCUCAAAUCAUGGCACUGAACCUGAUUUACAAAAGAUGCGCAUCUUAAUUGGUGCACCACUUAGACGGCCCCCGAACCAUCAGAUAGUGGCAGAUACUUUCAUGACUGGCUUUCCAUCCCCUGAUUCAGAGAUUGUCAAUCCCAGCCGGAAAUAUACAGUAGGUUCUUUAUGUGAAGGGGAAGUCAUUGGUGCCAAUGGUUUGGGUGAUUUCUGCAUAUACUGUACCAGUGAUUUUAUCACUUCUUCAAAGAAUGUUUGUGUCAGAACUCGUAGGGUGCGGUUUGUUGGUCUUGAGGGUGCUGGUAAGACAUCUCUAUUUAAUGCAAUAUUGGGUCAGGGUAGACAAACAACUGCUGUCAAUCUUGAGAAUGUGCUUCCAGAUAUGGAUACUCAAGAAGGAGUGGCUGGUGGAUUGUGCUUUCUGGAUUCCGCAGGAGUUAACUUGCAGGAGUUGCAUUCAGAAGUUACCCGCUUUAGGGAUGACUUAUGGACGGGGAUUCGUGAUCUUAGUAGAAAGACGGAUUUGAUUGUUCUUGUGCAUAAUUUAUCACACAAGAUCCCAGUAUAUCAUCAACCAAAUGCAUCAAAGAUACAACCAGCCCUUUCGCUUCUCUUGAAUGAGGCCAAAGCACUUGGAAUCCCUUGGGUCCUGGCCAUAACCAACAAGUUUUCUGUCAGUGCAAAUCUGCAAAAGUCGGCUGUAAAUGCUGUCGUGCAGGCAUACGAAGCGUCUCCGAGCAUGACCGAGGUUAUCAAUUCCUGUCCUUAUGUCAUACCAAGCAGUGCAACUAGUCCUCAAACCUGGGAUCCAAAUGGUGACACAGAUCCCAAAGGGAGGAUGGCUGCCCAAAAGCUUCUUCUUGCUCCAAUCAACCUUGUCCGGAUGCCUUUUCAAAAGAAAUCAGUGGUAUUGCCUGUUGAAGGUGUAACUUCGCUUUGUCAAUUAAUACACCGUGUUCUACGGAGCCAUGAGGAAACUUCGCUUCAGGAACUUACUUGCGAGAGGCUGCAAUUGGAAUUGGCAAGAGAACAGGCAAUGGUGGCAGAUGCAAGACAAGAUUCCCAGGGCAAAACAAGCUCCAUCACAUCUGCGGCUGUCGGUGCAUCACUUGGUGCUGGUCUUGGGCUUGUUUUGGCGGUUGUUAUGGGUGCAGCAUCUGCCUUGAGGAAACCUUGAGAAUGUGCAGUCUUGGUUUUCUUUUUGCCUGUUUUGAUCGCCCAAUGGAUGCUGUUUUUCCAGACAUAAGAAGUUUGGACCCCUAUUCUGUUUACAGAGUUGGAUUACUACUUUUUGUUGGCAGACAUGUCUUGAAACUUUUGUAGCAAAGGCCAUAGCCUGCAAUUCAUUUUAUUCGUGAAACAUCUUUGUAGACGAACACUGGCUGAAAUGUCGGAUGUUUAUUUUUCUACUCUUAUUUCCAGGUUCAUGGGUGUAAAGGGGCCGUGUAUAUAAAGAUGAGAUUGUCUGUUGGUAUUUGGCAAGAUAUUCUAUCUGUAUUAGCAGAAUCAGUUGGUUCUUGGUA